AUGGAUGAUUUGGCAACGCUUCCCGAGGGUAUCAGACAAAUACAUCAUACCUUGAGCCCUUAUAUAAAGCAAAGACAGGAUGCUCUACAUGUUCGGCAUGUCCUCGCUGCUCACUUAAAUUCCAAUGUGAACUCUGGAGAUAGCUUCUUGACGCCUGCAACUUUGUCUCUUGCAGAACCUACCUCUGAAGUGACACAAGGAUUAGGCUUUCCGGGCGUCCAGCAUGAUUAUCUACGCAGCCUCCAAGCUAAUCUGAAGGCUCAAAGAGACUUUGCAGCGAUCACUUCACAGCGUGAUGAACCAGAAUCUCACAGCGAGAUUCAAGCAAAGACUCAUGAUAAAAUUGCAUCCAAGGAGAUAUCUGUACAUGCUUUCUUAGAUUUAGAAAAGCAACGUCAGAGGAAGGAACGUUUUCGCAUCAUUCAAGAUGUCGUGGACCAACUUGCACAGAAGCCUGCAGCGACACAAAAUUAUCUCGACUUGAAGAGCGUGGACGUGCUGAAGGAUAUUGGUUCCUUACCGUCAGUACCACCGAGUGUUAUGGCACCGAUAGAACAUCUUCAAGAUUCUGAGAGAACUGAUCUGAAAUCGCUCGUCGAUCGAUUGGAGAAGUCAGUUUUACGUGCACAACUUCUUCUCAAAAAAGAACAAAAAUUAUUGGCAAAAGUCAGAACAGAUGCUAGCACACCAAAAGAUCAGCAAGAACAGGGCAAUCGACAGAAAGCACUGGAAACAACUCGUAAUGAAUUGAUCAACUGGAUUGAGACGGAAUUAGGAAAGGCUGGAGAUUCGCCAGCAGCAUCAGAGGGACAAAAUUCAAGCGUGCCUGAGAAUGUCGGGAAGGAAUACAUCGAAUCUCAGCUUGCAUCUAUAAAGCAACUUUAUGGACAAUACCUUGAAAUUAGAAAAAGAUUGAUUGUCGCUGCUACUGAAAAUCUUACUACAUCACUUCCUACAGAAGUCGGAACAGAUGAUUCCUCUGAUAGGCUCCUAGAUGAGCCUACGAAUGAUACCUCUAGUACCAAAAACGCGUCGGCAUUUUCUUACCUAGAAGAUCUAGUUCUCAUUUCAAAUGAGCAGAAAUCUACUAUACAGCAAAGAUCUUAUCUCACUAGCAGUCUCGCAAAACAAGGCAAAGAAGCGAGUAAAGAUCUAGACAGGCUAGUCGACGAAAGUCAUCUCUUACCUACCUAUCCAGCCCAGACUGUCAACAAUCCUCAACGGAAAAGACUAGGGGAGCCUAUUUCGUUUGAACAGGAAAUUUCGAAUAGUGAUAAGCCAACCUUAUCCAGCCGAGCCAAAGCUUGGGUCUUUGCAGCUGAAUCGAGUAGCAUUGCGACUAAGGAAGCAGUUUUGGAAAGAUUGGAAGAUGGGGAAUCUGCUCUUGCAGGAGCUUAUCAGACUCUCAACGAUCUUCAGCGUCUUUUGGGGUGUCUCCCCGAGGAACAGGGCGCAGAAGGAGAUGCAGGCAGACAAAAGUUGGGAAUCUCGAAUAUCGGCGGAGUUUGGUCUACUCUGGAUGGCAAUCUUGGAGUUAUCAGGACAGACGAUUUGACGUCGGAUUGA